AUGGCCGCCGCGCCUCAAUUGGCCAGCCUCUUGCGCUCUCCGGCAACGACGACCGUGCGGGCUUGGCCCACUCUGGCUGGUUCCCGGGCGCAGCCGGCAACAGCGGCCCGCACCUUCAUGAACUUUUUUAGUACCAGCAACAAGAAGCCACAGGACAACAAGGCUGAGCCUGCAGCCGCCGCCGAGGCGGAAGCCCAAGCCACCGAGCAACAGACGACCGAGGACGCAGCCGCCACCAUGAACCCGGCCGAGAUUGAGCAGCUCAAGACCGAGCUGGAAGCUGCCAAGGCUGCCGAAGCCGACCUCAAGGACAAGUAUCUGCGGGCAUUGGCCGAUAUGGAGAACUUGCGCCAUCGCAGCAAGCGUGAGGUUCAGGACGCCAGCGACUAUGCCAUGCAGAAGUUUGCCAAGGACCUUCUCGAGUUUGCCGACAACCUCGAGCGCGCGCUCGCGUAUGUGCCUGAAGAGGCUCGCACCGCCGAGGGCAACACAGAUUUGAAGAACCUGUAUGAGGGCGUUGAGGGAACUCAGCGCCAGCUCCAACACGUGUUUGCCCGUUAUGAGCUGCUGCCGGUGAACCCUCUGGGCGAGAAGUUUGACCCCGAACUGCACGAGGCCCUCUUCCAGGUUCCCGACCCCAACCAGGCCCCGGGCACUGUGGCUCAGGUCAUGCACACUGGCUACACCCUCAAGGGUCGCCUGCUUCGCGCAGCUGGUGUUGGUGUGGUCGUCAAGGCCUAA